ACAAUUCUCAUCCUCCGCUCACCACUCCCGCCCAGCCUACGACUCGCCUAAUCUCCCCGCGCCUCUCCACGAACUUGCACGACGCAUGGCACCUGUUGACACCGAAUACUAUGACCUGCUUGGCGUCGCGCCGGAUGUGAACGAACUGGACUUGAAGAAGGCGUACAGGAAGCAGGCCAUCAAGUACCAUCCAGAUAAGAACCCGUCGCCGGAUGCUGAGGAGAAGUUCAAGGAUAUCAGCAAGGCGUACCAGGUCCUCUCGGAUCCGAACCUGCGAGUCGUCUAUGACAAGCAUGGCAAGUCCAUGACGGAGGCCCAGGGCUCCUUCAGCAUGGAGGAUGCGGCCGGCUUCUUCGCGAAUGUGUUCGGCGGCGAGAGAUUCGUUGACUAUAUCGGCGAGAUUUCCAUCAUGAAAGACAUGACGACUGCCGCAACCACGAUGAUGACCGAUGAAGAGAAGGCCGAGUUCGAGAAGGAGAUGAGUGGCGGUGCUACCAACGGUGCCUCCACCCCAACCCCUGCCUCUGUGAACGGUGCAGCCGCGGGUACCGCCCCGACCACGCCAGAGAAGCCUGCCGCCAGUCCCGCUUCUCCUACUCCCACUCACCCGACUCCGGAGCGCCACGGUUCCAGCCUUGUACCGCAUUCGCCAGAAGAAGAGCCUUCAUCUUCCGCUUCCGUCAACUCGAAGCGCUCCUCGAAGCCUCCCUCACCUAAACCGAAGCUUACUCCCGAGCAACGGGAGCAACUUCGCCAGCAGGAGAAGGAGCGCCGCGAAGCCAUGGAGAAGCGCAUCCACACCCUCGCCGACAAGCUCAAAGACCGCCUCCGGCCGUAUGUAGAGGCGACAUCUGACGACGAGCGCAAGGCGUGGGAAGAGCGCAUGCGUCGGGAAGCCGAGGACCUCAAGAUGGAGAGCUUCGGCGUCGAGCUGCUUCACACGAUCGGGAACAUGUACAUGAUGAAGGGGAGCAGCACGCUCAAGUCGCGCAAAUUCCUUGGGAUUCCGGGAUUCUUCUCCAGGUUGAAGGAGAAGGGCGCGAUGGCGAAGGAUGUGUGGGGCGUGAUUGGGAGCGCGUUGAGUGUUAGGGACGCGAUUGCGGAGAUGGAGAAGUGGCAGGCAAUAGGUGCUUUGCCUGAAGAGGAGUUGGCGGCCAUGGAGAAGGACUUUACGGGCAAGCUCCUGCUGGCAAGCUGGCGAGGCGCUCGCAUGGAGGUCAAUCAGGUCUUGCGAGAGGCCAUCGACCUCACGCUGAAGGACCCGGAGGUUAAGGACGACGUCAUCUACGCCCGUGCCAAGGGCCUGCUCAUCUUGGGCGCCGUCUUCAAGAGCACGAAGCCGGACGAGUCUGACGAGGAGCGCCGUGAGCUCGAAAGGAUGGUCGCCGAUGCCGCCACGCCCAAAACGCGCCAGCAAAUUAAGGCUCAGCGCGCACGCCGCGAGGAGGCCAUUCGCAAGAAGCUAGCCGCGGAGGCGCAUAAGACGCCAGUCGAGGGAGCGGCUGCCACGCCGGAGACCAAGGAAGCGCCCAAGGUCGAGGAGAAGAAGGAUGAGGAGGUUCCUGUUGUCAAGGCUUGAAGCGUGCUGGGCAUAUAUCCCUGUUGUUGAGGACGCGUCUCCUUGAGCCCACCCCCUCACCCCAACUCGCCUCACUACUUUACAAUCAGUGUACGUAUCUUUCUCACCAUUGCGGACAUCCCUUCCCUUUGCCCCUCAGUACUCCCCUUCCUUCCCAUCUCAAACACCUUUACGCUCCAGUCAACACGUCGCACCCCGGGCAGGAGAAAUUCCUGCACCGCUCGCUUUCCAUCGUAUCGCUGACGACUUCCAUCCAUGUUUAUGCUUUGAUGAGUAUAUAUUCUCGCGGAUCUACGUACAUUAUCACUAGUCUAGACGUCUGCAUCGGUCUAAUGUCACUCAUUGGGUUUUGUUUUCGGUG